AUGGACUUCCAAGAGCGGGGCCCCCCCUCGCUGUCCGGGAGCACUCAGUCUGCAAAGUCCGGCAGUGCCCAGCAGGCCUCCGAGCUGUGGGAGGUGGUGGAGGAGCCUCGGGGCCGGCGAGGGGCAGAGGGCGCCAUGCCCGAGAGGCAGGAGGGCCACCUGCUCAAGAAGAGGAAGUGGCCUCUGAAGGGCUGGCACAAGAGGUACUUCGUGCUGGAGGACGGGAUCCUUCGCUAUGCGACCACUCGGCAAGAUAUCACCAAGGGGAAGCUGCAUGGCUCCAUCGAUGUCCGACUGUCUGUCAUGUCCAUCAACAAAAAGGCCCAGCGCAUUGACCUUGACACCGAAGACAACAUCUACCACCUCAAGAUCAAAUCUCAGGACCUGUUCCAGAGCUGGGUGGCCCAGCUGCGUGCCCACCGCCUGGCCCCGCGCCUGGACAUGCCCCGCGGCCCGCUGCCCAGCAACUCUCACCGGAAGGGUCCCGGGGCCCAGCUCCCCACAGUGAUCAGUGCCUCUGCUCUGCCCGGGGUGGGGCCUCGGGAGAAAGUGUCUUCUUGGCUGAGGGGCAGUGACGGCCUCGACCGCUGCUCUCACGAGCUCUCGGAGUGCCAGGGGAAGCUCCAGGAGCUGCACAGACUCCUGCAGAGCCUGGAGUCCCUGCACCGCAUCCCCUCGGCCCCCGUGAUCCCCACGCACCAGGCCUCGGUGACCACGGAGAGACCCAAGAAGGGCAAGCGGAGCAGCCGCAUGUGGUGCACUCAGAGCUUCGCCAAGGACGACACCAUCGGGCGGACGGGUCGUCUCCACGGCUCUGUUCCCAACCUGUCUCGGUACCUGGAGUCCCGGGACCACUCCGGACCCCGGGGGCUGCCCCCCCCAGACUAUGCCCACCUGCAGCGCAGCUUCUGGGCCCUGGCCCAGAAGGUGCACAGCUCCCUCAGCAGCGUGCUGGCCGCCCUCACCGCCGAACGGGACCACCUGCGGGAUCUGCACCAGGGCUCCGAGCUGGCCAGACUGGGGGUCUCCGAGGCCUCCGCUGGCCCAAGGCGCCUCCACUCACUGUCCAUCUCCUCGGACACCACGGCGGACUCCUUCAGCUCCCUCAACCCCGAGGAGCAAGAAACGCUGUACACGAAGGGCCGCGAGCUGACCCCGCAGCUGUCUCAGAGCAGCGUCCUGUCCCUCGCCGAUUCCCACACCGAGUUCUUCGACGCCUGCGAGGUGCUGCUGUCCGCCAGCUCUUCUGAGAACGAGGGCUCAGAGGAGGAGGCGUCGAGCGUCAGUGAGAUCACCACCAGCCUGUCCGAGGAGGUGCUGGACCUCCGGGGCGCCGAGCGCUAUCAGAAAGGGGUGUGUGUUGCAGGGAGAGCUCUGGGGCCGCCCCGUCGCCGCUGCCUGCCGGCCGCCAGCGGGCCCGGCGUGGACGUGAGCCUGUGGAACAUCCUGCGGAACAACAUCGGCAAAGACCUGUCCAAGGUGUCCAUGCCCGUGCAGCUCAACGAGCCGCUCAACACGCUGCAGCGGCUGUGCGAGGAGCUGGAGUACAGCAGCCUCCUGGACCAGGCCAGCCGCGUCGCCGACCCCUGCGAGCGCAUGGUGUACAUCGCAGCCUUCGCCGUCUCUGCCUACUCCUCCACCUACCACCGGGCCGGCUGCAAGCCCUUCAACCCCGUCCUCGGGGAGACCUACGAGUGCGAGCGGCCUGACCGAGGCUUCCGCUUCAUCAGCGAGCAGGUCUCCCACCACCCCCCCAUCUCGGCGUGCCAUGCAGAGUCUGAGAACUUCAUUUUCUGGCAAGACAUGAAAUGGAAGAACAAGUUCUGGGGGAAGUCGCUGGAGAUUGUGCCUGUGGGGACCGUGAACGUCAGCCUGCCCCGGUUUGGGGACCACUUUGAGUGGAACAAGGUGACGUCCUGCAUUCACAACAUCCUGAGCGGCCAGCGCUGGAUCGAGCACUACGGGGAGGUCCUCAUCCGGAACACGAAGGACAGCUCCUGCCACUGCAAGAUCACCUUCUGCAAGGCCAAGUACUGGAGCUCCAGCAUCCACGAGGUGCAGGGCGCCGUGCUCAGCCGCAGCGGCCGCGUCCUCCACCGGCUCUCCGGGAAGUGGAACGAGGGGCUGUACCGGGGCCCCCCGCCCGGGGGCCAGUGCAUCUGGAAGCCCAACUCCAUGCCCCCCGACCACGAGCGCAACUUCGGCUUCACCCAGUUCGCCCUGGAGCUGAAUGAGCUGACGGCCGAGCUGAAGCGGUCCCUGCCGUCCACCGACACGCGGCUGCGGCCGGACCAGCGGUACCUGGAGGAGGGGAACAUCCAGGCCGCCGAGGCCCAGAAGCGGAGGAUCGAGCAGCUCCAGCGGGACCGGCGCCGGGUGAUGGAGGAGAACAACAUCGUGCACCAGGCUCGCUUCUUCAGGCGGCAGACGGACGGCAGCGGGAAGGAGUGGUGGGUGACCAACAACACGUACUGGCGGCUGCGGGCCGAGCCGGGCUACGGGAACCUGGACGGGGCGGUGCUCUGGUAG